AUGAUCCCGGAAGUUCCCUCCCUGUGGACGGAGGCCCUGGAUGUGCUCCGGUGCAUGGGGGAGGCCCGGCUGCUGCCGAAGGCCCCCCGAUGUUGUGCCGUGCAGGCGCGUUGCGACCGGGCGGGGCGCUGGAAGGAGUCCGCGUUGUUCUUGGAGCGCAUGGCCAUGGCGAGCAUCGAGCUGGGUGCCAUCGCCUACGGCACGGCUGCCAACGGCUGCCGCCGGGCUCAGGGCCUCUGGCCCAGGGCCCUGGCUCUGCUAAGGGAGCUGGGGAUCAUAGGCUGCGAGGUCAGCGAUAUCGCGAUCAACACAGGCCUGGCUUCUUGCAGUUAUGGCUAUGCCUGGGAGCAGGCGCUGCAUCUUCUGGGCCUCCUGAAAACCCAGGAUCGCAAGCAGUCGACCACUGCAGCGAACACCGCUGCGAAGGCUUGCGAAAGCGAGCUGCGCUGGGAGUUGGUUCUCGAGCUCCUGGCUCCUUUGAUGGCUGGGUCUAAAGUCGACGUUUUCAGCUGUUCCACUUCCGUGAGCGCCUGUGGGCGCGGAAGCCGCUGGCAAGCGGCGCUCCUGCUGUGGCAGGGCUACGACAGGCUCCAGGUGCCUUUAAACCUUGUGGCCUAUGGAGCAGUUUGCAGCGCUUUGAACCUGGGAAGACCAGAGCUUUGUGGAGGCCUCCUGGAGGAGAUGCGAAGGAAGCAGCUGCAGCCCAACCUGAUCAUUUGCAACGUGGCCCUCUCCAGCUUCCUUGAGCUUCACCUCUGGCCCGCCUCUUUGCAGCUUCUUGAGGAGAUGGAUGCAUCCGGGCCCACGCCCAACAUCGUGAGCCUGCGGACCGCAGCUGCGGCAGUGGCGCAGCAGCUCAGCACCGAUGCCCGGCCGCUUCUGGGACGCCUGGGCCUGGCGGUGCUCCGGCUCCUACAGCAAGAAACCUGGACACCUUUGCCGGACCGCCCAAGAUUUUCCAGCUUUGUGCCCUUGACCUCGAGCGUGGAGGCCAUGGAAGUGAUUUUAGAGCACGGCGCGGAUGGCACGCUGGCAGUCGCGGUGAGCCGUGCCCUUGAUCGUGCUUUGGCUCCCGGCCGCAAGGCUCUGCUCCGUCUUGUUGAAGAUGCUGCCGCUUUCGAACAAGUCGAUUCCUUGGAGUCUUUGUUUGGUUUGGGUGUGGAGGGGACGCAGGCUGUGCUGCAGGCUCUGGGCGUGGCAUCUGCUUUCUGGGCGCCAGUGGCUCGUUUGCGCAGCCGCCGUGCCCAUCUGGGGCUCCCAGCUGGCCGACGGCCGACUGCCCAGACGACGCUGGCAUGGAGGGCUCUUUGCCUCAAAGUCUCCAAUGCACAGAUUAGCCGUGCUGGCAGUGCUGUGCGCUAUGGUGCUGCUUCUGGUGUAGCAUCUGUACUGCUGAGGCCCAUCCGCGUCGAGCAUGACCGUGCAUUGCAUCCCGAGCGCCGCGCCCUUGCCACAAUUAUGGCGGAGCUCAUCGCUGGCCAUGGGGCCACCUUGUAA